UUUUACGUGAAUGUCGGCCCCUUCAACCAGCUGGACAAGCAGCUCGGUUGCGCAGCGCUGGAGUGGGAGAGCCAGCUGUCCGCCCACUGCGCGCCGUCUUUCUUCCGCCUGAGCCCAUCCCGCCUCUCCGAGGACCUGCGCCCCAUCUUAGCGGAGGCCGGCCGGCACGAGUCCUGGCCAGAACGGGCUUCCAUUGCAUAUUCUUCGUUUUUUGCUGGUGGCAGAGAGCGCGGAGAGGUCAUCCAGCAUCUCAUUGUUCUGAGGAGCGCCAUCCUGACAGUCCCCGACCGCGCCGCUUCAGAGCUAUCCUGGAAGACGCUGGCCCCCGCCCACGCCGACGACACGGUGAUUCGUGAGGCCCUGGAUGGCGCAAAUCACGCCGACCCGCAGGCCGUGGCCAGGUCGCUCCAGCGCCAUUGCCGCGAAGUCUCCGCUGCACGACGUACCGAUGGGGCCCUGCUCGCACAGCGGUUCCGCGAGGAGCUCCCGGAGCCGCCGCUAGGCCGCGCCCGCCCUGGCCUGCCGCCGCCAGAUGGCGCGCGACGGCGGCUGCGACGGGCGGGCGUGGGAGCGGCGGCCGCGAAGGCGCCGCGCUCCGCCAUUGGGCUCGGCGUGGCCCCCUUCCUCGCGUGGAUGCGCCUGGGGAG